UUUACUAAACAUAUCGAAAGAUACCGAAUCGAAAAUUCUUGUCGAUUGUGGUUCGAGAUGUAACAAUUCUAUUGGUUCAAAUUUGGAUGAAUUUCAAGAAAACGUAACGUUGAGAAUUGUAUAGUACAGUUUUUGGAAAAAAUAUAUAUUCUUCGGAUAAUUACUGCAAAUUAGAAAUAAGUACAUUUAAUUUCUUAUCGUGACAAUAAAAAUACUGUUUUGGUAUUAAAUGAUUAUAUUCAUCAUGUAUUUGUAUUUUAUGAAUAUUUUUCAUAAUAUUAUGCUCAGAGUGAUAUAAUUUUUGCAUUACCAUUAAAAUCAGUGUAAAAGUUCCAGCAGUUUAUUAAUAAAAUAUACCACGUGUAUGGUACAUUGAGUUCGCCUUAAAAUACUUUGUGUUAUAGAUGGGAAUCUCACUUUUUAUCGCAUCCUACGGAUAACAAGAAUUAAGUAUACAUUAAAACAAUAUAUAUUGUAUUCAAUCGUGAAUUAUUAGAUUAUGUUUAAAGGUGUACAGUUAUCCAUUCACUUCGCGUUGAUAAAAAAAAAUUAAAAAUUUCAAUGUCAACAUGAUGUCGAGAUAUCGGUAGUAAAAGACAAAAAAAUAUCAGAUACUACCUUGUGAAAGUGUCAGUUUAUGCUACGCAAAGAUACCUGCGAGGUAUUCGUAUAGAACUAUAUGGAUAACAAGAUCCUGAACGAACGUGAUAAAUACAAGAAUUGAAUUGAAAUCAAUUAAGUGCAAAUCUGGAAGUGUGCCUGCAGUAACCAUGAAUACUAUACAGGGUCCAAAUAUUGGAGAUGCGGAAACUGAAUUGUUUAAUGCAAAUAUAUUGGAGCGAUUAUCACUUUCUCAGAUUGAAGGCUUUUUAAUUAGACCAUUGAAAUCUGGAGAUUAUGAUAGGGGUUUUCUUCAGCUCUUAACUCAAUUGACGGAAGUUGGAAAUAUUAGUAGAGAACAAUUUCUAAAAUGUUUUCAUAUGAUGAAGAGCACUGGUAGCUAUUACAUAGUUGUAAUAGAAGAUGUGAACACUAAAAAAGUAAUAGUAAGCGCAACGUUAGUUACAGAACAAAAAUUUAUUCAUAACUGUGCUAUGAGGGGACGUUUAGAAGAUGUGGUAGUAAAUAACAAAUAUCGGGGUAAGCAUCUAGGAAAAUUAAUAGUGAAAAUAAUAUGGCAGUUAGCAAAUUAUUUGCGUUGUUACAAAUUGUCAUUAGAGUGUAAAGAUCAUUUGAUACCAUUCUAUGAAAGUAUAGGUUUUAAACGUGAGCCUAGCAAUGCUAAUUACCUCAAUAUGAGACUUCCUAAUGACAGUACUACAGAGCAAUCUCACUUAUGACGAUAAACAUUGAAAUACGAUUUACAAAAAAUUGUUGUUCACAGAAGAAAACAAUAAAAUCUUUUUACCAUUUUCAUAAAACCAUGAAAUUCGUUUUAAACUUUAUUUUGAUCAGUCUGAAUAAAUGUUUAUAUUCUUUUAUACAAGAAUUAUGAAUGAAACAAAUUGUAAAAAUAAUAUGUAAUUAUAUUUUAUUGAAUAGAUGUAUAAUAUUUUUUAAGAACAUAUAAUAAACAAUGUUGCAAAUAAUUCAGAAUCGACCUUUUCGACAGUAAAAUCAUAGC